AUGGUACAUUCCACAUCAUGCCACCAAUCUAAAUUUAGAGUUGUUUUUGACAGUUCUGCUGAGUGUAAAGGAACUUCAUUGAAUAAAAAUUUGUUUUCUGGUCCUGACAACAACAACAUGCUAACAGGAGUGCUCAUUCGAUUCAGGCAAGAAUUGACUGCAUUUGUUUGUGACAUAAAAGAAAUGUUCCACAGAAUUAAAGUUUCACCUGACGACACAGAUGCUCAGCGGUUCCUAUGGUGGAAGGACCAUAAUUUGGAUAGUGUUCCUAUUGACUUUAAAAUGUUGUCCCACAACUUUGGGAACACUUCAUCACCUUUUGUUGCCACAUUUGCGCUACACAAAGUAGCCACAGACAAUCUGUCCAAUGCAGAUGAAAUGACAGUACGCACAGUUAUGCGCAAUUUUUAUGUCGAUGAUGGACUGAAAUCUGUCGAUGAUCCAUCAGAUGCUGUAAGACUAAUCAAACAGCUCACUGAAUUGUUGGCAACUGGAGGAUUUCACCUCACCAAAUUUAUGAGCAAUGAUAUCAAUGUUCUGCAAUCAGUUCCAGAAAGUGACCGUGCUCCUGCAAUUAAAGACCUCAAUCUUGAAAGUAAUUCACUCAGUCAAACCCUAUGUGUUCAGUGGAACAUGCACACUGAUGAAUUUGUAAUAUAUGUUAACAUUGAACCAAAGGCGCUCACUCGAAGAGGCAUUCUUUCAAUGGUGAGUCAAAUCUUCGAUCCUUUGGGUUUCGUUCAACCAUUCAUCUUACCUGCCAAGCGAAUUCUACAGGAUCUUUGUAUUGAAGGAUACUCAUGGGAUGACCCAAUUACUGGUUUACUAAAGGACCGUUGGGAAAAAUGGAUCGAUAAAUUACAUGCAUUGAAUGGCCUGGCGAUACCUCGAUGUUACAAACCACAAGAGUUCAAAAGCAACAAUAUCCAAUUACAUUGUCUUUGUGAUGCCAGCACAUCUGGCUAUGGAGCAUCAGCUUACUUACGACUUACUGGCGACAAAGGUGAAGUUUAUUGUUCCUUUGUCAGGGGAGUCGCUAGAGUAACUCCUAAGCAGUCACUGACUAUUCAGCGACUGGAACUCAUCGCUGCAGUUGUGGCUGCUGAACUUGCAAAUUCAAUUUUACAAGAACUGGACCAUACAGUUGACAGCGAUAUAUAUUGGUCAGAUUCCAUGUCAGUUAUCCAAAUGAUCAAUAAUCGUUCUGAACGCUUCAAGACAUUUGUGGCCAACAGAAUAAACACAAUUCAUCUCUUGUCAAAACCACAUCAAUGGCACCAUGUCGAACAUAAGCUGAAUCCAGCCGACAUCGCUUCUCGUGGUCUGAUGCCAGAUAAACUGAACAAGGCCGGUAUUUGGUUCAAAGGCCCACAAUUUAUAUGGGGAAGUGAAGAUGCAUGGACCGUCGUUAAUGAUGGGAUUCAUAAAGUCCCAUGCGACCCACAACUUGCUUCGGAGAUGAAAGUUCAUUAUACUGAACCUAUGAAAGAUCUCACAGAUUCUUCUCCAUUACAUGAACUGUUAUUGCGUUACUCAUCAUUCGAAAAGCUACGUAAAGCUGUUGCAUGGCUACUACGUUUUCGUACAUAUGCAACUUGGAAAUUCUCACAUUCUGACAAUUCACCAACUUUGGGAUUUUUAUCUGUGGAGGAAUUAGAUUGCGCCACCAAAGAAAUUAUGAAACUAGUACAACGAUCAUCCCUCUCAGAGGAGCUCAAAUAUUUUGAAGAUAAUACAGAUGCUGAGGAAGUUCCGUUGAAUCUACAGAACAAAAAGAAACUCAAAACACAAUUUUCGAAAACACUUCUCAAAUGCAACCCUUUUGUACAAGAUGGAAUCCUGCGUGUAGGUGGACGACUUCGAAACUCUGGUUUACCAGUUGAUCAGAAGCAUCCGAUUAUUCUUCCACCAUACCAUCAUGUGACAAAGCUGAUUAUUACCAAACAUCAUGAAAUGACUGGACAUUCUGGUACAUUACACACACUUUCCUCUGUUCGUGGCAAAUAUUGGAUUUUGAAGGGACAAUCUGCUGUUGCUAAGGUUGUUCGUGACUGUGUUGCUUGCAACAGACGUUCUGCAAAAGUAGGAGAGCAGCGGAUGGCAGAUCUACCAUUUUCUCGUGUUACUGCAGCGUUUUUGCAAGCUUUCUUCAGGUUUACAUCCAGACGUGGGAAACCUGCUCAUGUAUAUUCAGACAAUGGAUCCAACUUGGUGGCUGGAAGCAAAGCUAUUGCAGAUGGUAUUAACAAAUGGAAUUCCAAACAGAUUGACACAUCUCUAUCUCAAAAGGGCAUACAAUGGCAUUUUUCGCCUCCUCUUUCUAGUCACCAAAAUGGAGUGGUAGAAAGAAUGGUACGAGAGGUGAAAAGAAUUCUCCGAGCUCUUUUGGAUGGCCAGUUUUUCAAUAGGCUUGAUUAUAUGUCCAUCAAAACCAGUCCAGCAAACCGGUUCGGUUGA